AUGCACGUGGAGGAGCCGUAUGUCACCCAGGCGCACCCUUGGAUGAACAAGCUCAUCGCCAUUCAGCAAAACUUGGAGGCCUUUGACUGGCUCUUCUGGGUUGAUUGCGACCUCUUCUUCAUGAAUCCGAAGAAGACGGUGGACUCGCUGAUCUAUGCAGCCCUGGAGAGGACCCCCGAGGCCUCGCUGCUUAUCGCGGAGGACGGAAUGAUGUUGAACAGCGGCUCGUUCCUUCUUCGCCACAACGACUGGGGCAAGGACUUUCUUGCGAGAACAGUCGACUUGCUAUCCGCACCCAUGCCUCAAUCCUUCCAGCACAUGCCCUGGCAUGAGCAGGCGCCUUUAAUGUACCUGGGCCUGGUACCCGCCAUUCUGGAGGGUCUCUCCGAGCCUGAGCUUCACCAGACCCUUUCUGCCAGCUCCCCUCUCCCUGCAGGUUAUGAUGAGCACGUCGUGCUCCUCAGGCAGCGUGCGCUCAACUCCUACCCGCAAGAGCUUGUGCAGAAGACGCAGCAUGCUCUGCCGCACGAGGGGUACAAGGAAGGAGAUCUAGUCGUUUCCUUUAACGGCUGCUCUUCGGUUCUCGGCCGAGACUUCUGCGAGGACAUGUACCAGCGUUACCACGACGAGUCCCUGCGGCGGUUCUGA